AUGUUCUCCAUGUUCACCGGCGGUACGGCGGCGCCGAGCGGGGUUUCCCAGCCGUCGACGGCGGCGAAUGCGAACGCGUCGCGAGGCGCCGCCGCGGAAACCUUCGUCGAGGCGCUUCGCUCGCAGCCCGAUCCCGCGACCGUGACGGCGAAAACCAAGCCCAAACUCAGUUUCGCCGCGCUCAUGGCGAACGACGAGCCGGAAUCGUUCGAGGACUCCGAUUAG